AUGCAGCCCUCCUCAGGGCCGGAGUCGGGGCCCUUGGCCCUGCUGGACAGGACAGGAGGGUUUGCCGGGAGGAAGAGGACGGCCCUGUGGUGUGUGGGGGCUCUGCUGGCUACAUCCGCCCUCAUCCUGACCAUCGGCCUCGCUGCCACCACCCGGACAGAGAAUGUGGCCGUGGGGGGCUACUACCCGGGCCUCAUCCUGGGCUUCGGCUCUUUCUUGGGGCCCGGUGUCCACCUGGUAGAGAACAGGAGGCAGAUGUAAGAAAGGCUGGUGGCCGCCAUCGUCUUCAUCAGCUUUGGCCUGGGUGCAGCCUUCUGCUGCGCUGUGGUGGAUGCCGUGUUCGCUGCCCGGCACAUCGACCCGAGACCCAUCACCGCGGGAAGGUGCCAGUUUUACGCCAGCGGGGCAGGACACUUGCAGGACGUAUACCAGACGGAGGUCACCUGUCAGUCCCCCAAUGGCAGGUGCCAACUGAAGGUGAAGAGCAACACCUGCUACUGCUGUGACCUCUACACCUGUGACAGGACGGAGCUCCCUCUCCCAUACUACGAGUUUGUGGGUGUGAGCGGCUGUGGGGAUGCCCUGCACCUCUACCGGCUGCUCUGGGCCUCGGCGGUAUUCAACGUGCUGGGCCUGCUGGUGGGCACGGUCACAGCUGCCAUCCUGGGCGCCUUCAAGGACAUGGUCCCCUGGAACCAGCUGGCCGCCGACCCGGCCUGGCCUCUGCAGACGCUCCACGGCCCUGCUCGGCAGGUCCUGGCCCACGCGGGCCUCUGCCCGACGCCGGCGCUGCCCACCUGUUCGUCCUUCCCUCUGCCCCUGCAGCCUUCUGGCCACUGCCCAGUCUCGCUGCCCCCGGUUCUCUCCCUCUCCGAGGACACACCACCUCCAUCCAGCUCCAGCUGCGGGCUCCCGCCUGAUGCCCCCCCAUUCUAUGUUCCAGCCCGCUUCCUCCCGGGGGAGAAGCCCCCGCCCUACGCUCCGUGA